AUGGUACAACGAGAUCCAGGAUAUCAACCAAAAUUGGACUAUGCAGCGAAUGAACAUUUUCCUUGUUUGGCUGACGUAGUGAAGAUACAAUGCGAUGAAGAAUUUGGUCGACACCUGGUAGCUAAGAGUGACAUUCCAUAUGGAAAAGUAGUUUUGUUGGAAGAAAAAUUCGCGGUGACUGAUGUGGGCGAUUUCUCCAUGUGCUACACAUGUUUCCGUGAAAACUCGAAUUUCAUUGCCUGUAAAGGAUGUACAGAAGUGGUGUUUUGCAGCCUUGAGUGCAUGAAUCGAAACCAAACUCACGGAUGGGAAUGUGGCAAAUUUAUUGGACGCGUAUACCUACCUAAUAAUGUUAAAGUUCAAUGUGGUACGAACCGAAUGAGAUUGGUUGCGCAGACACUUUUGACCGCCAUUUCAACAUUUGCAGAUAUUGUGACUUUGAUGCAAUUUGUUGAGAAAAUGUUGCGCGAAGAUCCUGAUCAAUUACCGUCAUCUUUGCAUGACCAAGUCUCGAAGUACCACUUCUUUUUUAAAUUGAAGAAAAGAAUGGUAGAUCCUUUGGAUGAUGUGAAACGUGUAUUCCUUUACACGAUGACAUUACCAAAGAUUAGAGCGAUGUUCGACAGUGAGGAGAAGCAACGUUUUUUUAUGCAUUUGGUCGCACACCAUUCAUUUGUUGUAGAUACAAAUUCGUUUGGAAACGACUUAAAAUCAUCUGUGGAAAAUGUUGGAUCAUUGUUAAAUCACUCCUGCGACCCAAAUAUAACUACAUGCGAUUUCGGCAAGAUAAAAAGUCAUAUGACCUGUCGACCGAUUAAAAAGGGGGAACAGCUGCUCACAACAUAUAUCGAUAUGAAUUUGUCAAAAGAACUGCGUCAAGAAAAACUACGUAAAAUUUGGGGAUUCGAGUGUAAAUGCAAGAAAUGUGUUUCAACUGAUGAUUCGGAUGAAAUAAACACUCCACCAACAUUGGAUCCAACCACAUGA